GCCUCCCCUUACCCAGGGGCCUCCCCGCCCUCCCCGCCCUGCCCGGCCGUUACCACUCCCCAGCGGGCACAGGGCUGCCUGGCUGCGCCUCGGAGCACAGUCCCAGAGGCGCGGAGCCGAGGGCCCGGCGACCUGCCCGCGACCUGCCCCGCGCGCACCAGCCACGGUGGCUGCCCUUUGCGUGCUGCGGGGUAGGGGGCCCUGGGCAGGAAGCUGGCUGAGCCCCAAGACCCCGGGGGCCAUGGGCGGGGAGCCGGUGCAUGGCCUGGGGGCUCUACGGCGGCGAAAACGCUUGCUGGAGCAGGAGAAGUGGCUGGCGGGCUGGGCGCUGGCGCUGGCGGGAAUUGGCAUCGGACUCAUGGUGCUGCACGCCGAGAUGCUGUGGUUCGGGGGCUGCCCGUGGGCUCCCUAUGUGUUCCUGGUUAAAUGCAUGAUCAGCAUCUCCACCUGCUUGCUCCUUUGCCUUAUCGUGGCCUUUCACGCCAAAGAGGUCCAGCUGUUCAUGACGGACAACGGGCUCCGCGACUGGCGCGUGGCGCUCACCGGGCGGCAGGCAGCGCAGAUCCUGUUGGAGCUGGCGGUGUGCGGGCUGCACCCGGCCCCGGUGCUGGGCCCUCUGUGCGCACUGAACUCCAGGGCGCAGGUGUCGGCCACGCAGUCCUGGCCAGCCUUCUUGGACCAAGGCGAGGCGCUGCUGUCGUUGGCCAUGCUGCUGCGCCUGUACCUGGUGCCCCGCGCCGUGCUACUGCGCAGCGGCGUCCUGCUCAACGCCUCCUACCGCAGCAUUGGUGCCCUCAACCAGGUCCGCUUCCGCCACUGGUUCGUGGCCAAGCUGUACAUGAACACGCACCCCGGCCGCCUGCUGCUCUGCCUAACGUUGGGCCUCUGGCUCACCACCGCUUGGGUGCUGUCGGUGGCUGAGAGGCAGGCAGUGAAUGCCACCGGGCACCUGUCGGACACACUGUGGCUCAUCCCCAUCACGUUCCUGACCAUCGGCUACGGGGACGUGGUGCCGGGCACCAUGUGGGGCAAGAUUGUGUGCCUCUGCACCGGCGUCAUGGGGGUGUGCUGCACGGCGCUGCUGGUGGCGGUGGUGGCCAGGAAGCUGGAGUUCAACAAGGCUGAAAAACACGUGCACAACUUCAUGAUGGACAUCCAGUACGCCAAGGAGAUGAAAGAGUCGGCGGCUCGGGUACUGCAGGAGGCCUGGAUGUACUACAAGCACACGCGCAGGAAGGACGCGGGGGCCACCCGCAGGCAUCAGCGCAAGCUGCUGGCCGCCAUCCACACAUUCCGCCAGGUGCGGCUCAAACACCGGAAACUCCGGGAACAGGUGAACUCCAUGGUGGACAUCUCUAAGAUGCACGUGAUCCUAAGUGACCUGCAGCUGGGGCUCAGCACUUCGCACCGGGCUCUGGAGAAGAGGAUGGAUGUGCUGGCGGGGAAGCUGGACACCCUCACCGAGCUGCUGGGCACUGCCCUGGAGUCCCGGCAGCUGCCAGAGCCCGGCCAGGAGGCCACGUAGCGGGACCCACGCAGGCAGAAUCGGGCUAGUAGCCGCAGGCCUGAGGCCAACGACGAUGAUGUCUCCUCUGCCACUCCUGACCCGGCACCAUGAGGAAACCACGAGAACCCGAGGGGGUCCUGCCUAGGGGUGGGGCUGACUUGGUGAUGGCUGCUGGAGGGCCCCCUGUCUGAAGUGGGGAGGGGGAGCCAUGGCCCAGCCAAGUCCCCAAGUGGCCCAGCAUCCUGCUGGACAGGAUCUGGGCUUUCAGUUACAGGUGGAGCUGCCUGGGGUGGACAAGGGCACUGGGGGUUUUCCAAAGCCCAAGACUUAGGGCAGCUUCACUCUCCCACUGAAUGGCAGAGCCAAAGGACUGGGUCUGAG